UUAUUUUCGAAAUGUCAACUGAACUAAAAGAAUUCAGGACAAAAACAGGCAACCCAGAUCAUGAUGACUCAGAAAUGGGACAGAGCGAGUCAGAAUCAUUUGUUAGUGAGAUGAACGAUACAGACCAUGAUGAAGUGCAUAAAACCUUUAGACAUAGAGGCAAGGUUUUAAGAAGGUGGAAGCGACUUGUUAAAGUCAACUCAACUCUUUAUUUACUCACUAGUUUGGCCUGUCUGGGAUACUCAAUGGUUUUUGCUUCUACUCAUCAUACUCAUAAUAUGGGUAUUUGAGUGGCAGGAAUUGUGGCUUCAAUCUUUGGACUUUUUACAACACUAUCUUCCAAAGAUCCUUCACCAUUGAGGAUAUACAUUGGAGCUAUAGUGACAGGGCUUGCCACUUGAGCGAUUAGCCUGUAUGUGAUAGUUGGGCUCAGCAUGAUUGUUAUCCAAAGCGUUGACUACGCUUAUGAGGACCAGUACGAUAAUUUUUCCUUUAGAGAGAUAGCCAUGAUGUAUGCACUAGGAUUCUUCUUCAUUUUAUUCUCUCUAAGCACCUUCAUCACUCACAUAAGGCUCUACGUUGUCUCAGAAGAGAAGAAGAGUUUGGCAUUGCUGAUUCAUAGCUACAAGUGUUAUACCUUCUUGAAGGAUGGGUCAAAGUAAUCCAUGACGAAAGAUUCCAUGAUUAUUCGAUUAUUCAAUAUGCA